UCGGGGUUCCAGGGUACUUAUAGGAAUUGGUGGGGCCAUGUAAUUGGCGCUAGUGUCAAGCGAGACAUUCACAACCAAUAAUAGACAAUACAGACAGCAGAUGCUGCUGUUCCUUAAUACCUGAGAAAUAAGGCAUACUGUGUCGACUUGGAAGGUCAUGUGCAAGACAUCACGUGCAACAUGCGAAGUUUUGGCCGCAAGAUGACCGAAUGAACAACAGGACAUUGUAUUCUGGCCACGCUCGACCGAUUCGCCAUCAUGAGGAACAGAGCUACUACGCCAUUGAGCAAACCUAAACUCCGACAAUCAUGGAGCAAAUAUAACCUCUUUAACCUGCAGCGCCUCCGUAACCCCCCAACCGGCAGCAAAACCUUUUUCCAACAGAAAUGGGCCGCUAAAUCUAUGGCUCGAUCAUACCAUGGCGAACAGGUCCGCGAGAGCCAAUGGGCCCGGAUGUUCUCCCGUCGCAUUCGCAGCGUCGUGCCCAUGAACCCACUCAAGCUCGCCCAGGAUGACGGUUCCGGGAUGUCCGCUGGUCGUGGAGCAGGUCUGGAGACCGAGGAAAGUGCCAAGGAUCGAUUGACUCCCUUUACACAGAUGACAUUUGCUCCUUUGGAGCGUCGGUUGGAUGUUGCUAUCUUUCGGGCUCUGUUUGCUAGCAGUGCCAGACAAGCUCGGCAGUUUGUUGUUCACGGUGCGGUGACAGUUAAUGGCAAGCAGAUGAGGUAUCCCGGUUACCUACUCAACCCUGGCGAUCUUUUCCAGGUCGACCCCGAACGUGUGAUGUAUGCUACCGGUGCUCCUAAGGAUAAACACGAACGUCGAGAGGGACGUAUUGCGCGAAAAAAGAUAGCCGAAUCCCAAGAAGCUGAAGUGGAGUCUAAGGAAGAGGGUGCCGCAGAAGAGUCCGGAGAGAAGGGUCCCGAGUCGGAAGAACAAGGCAAAGACAGAGAGAAUGAAGACCCACGGGAGACACUGAAGGUCCUACUGGCCCAGGCCAAGAACAUCAUGGCCGGCAGCAAGGAUGUGCUCCCCGCGAAGCGCAAGCAGGAGCUGCGUGGAUUCCAGAAGGCCGUCAAGCGUGUCCUCUCUCGCUCCGAUUCAAGCACCGUUCUUACCGACAACCUGGAAUCGCAAUUCUCUGAACUCGUUACCCUCCUCAAGGCGAAGCGGGCAGAGAAGCAAGGCACUAAGCGGUCUAAGCGCGAUCAGUCCUCCGACGAGACUAAGGACGUUUCCGAAUCGACCUCCUCGUCCGCCACCGCCAGUGAGUCCCAGCCCGGAGAGGCGUUGACUGAGGCUUUCCGACAGGCGGCCGAGAACCCGGAGCAAGAAGUUGACACCUCCGAACUCACAGAUGCCGAGCUUGAUGUGCUUAAGCGGGCUCUUAUCCAGAUGCGUGACAACCCCAUUGACAGCACAAAACCCUAUGCCACCCCCUGGAGGCCCCGCGACUACAUGAGUGCCUUUGCUUUUGUCCCCCGAUACCUUGAGGUCAAUCACAACAUCUGCGCAGCAGUAUACCUGCGGCAUCCGGUGGCUCGUCCUGGCUACUCGGAGGUGCCGACGCCGUUCAGUGAACAAGUCGGUACAGCCGCUUUCGCCUGGUACCUGAGACGGCGGUAGACAAAGCAACGACCAUGUAAUAAUCAUUGUAUUUUCUCCUUAAGUUUCAUCAUCCUCUUCUUCUUAUGUUCUGCGGGCAUGUUCCACAGUCAUGUAUUACUGGGUAUCUGGUCUGUUCUUGUUGUUUUGGCAUACGUCCGUUCUCAUAGAUGAUCCUGUCUAUCUGCCUUGUGUUCCCUGAGGGAGGACAAAAGUCAUGUUUGGUGUUGGGUCGAUAGCACACGUUUUUGUACAUUGGAGUGAAUAUAAAUACACUCGCAAUCUCCAAUUCAACCCUAUUUAAUCCUAAGGUAAAAGAGUUGUUUGUCCAAUAGAAUUCCGAGAUACUCUUGUCCGGCAAUACAAAACCAAGAGACAGAAAGAGAUAAAGUACCGAGAGAUAUAUAUACA